AUCCGUCCCAACAAAGACCGCAAGGUGCGGCAAACAGAGCCCAAAAGUCAACAUAUCUCUCUGAGACGUCUGAUUAAGUUAUACCGUUUCUUGGUCCGUCGUACCAAUGCCAGCUUCAACAAAGUGGUUUUGAGACGUCUGUUCAUGAGCCGCACCAACAGGCCACCACUGUCUCUGUCCCGUUUGAUUUGCAAGAUGAAGCUUCCUGGACGUGUGGUGGUUGGAUGCAUCACAGAUGAUGUCAGGAUUCAAGAUAUCCCCAAACUCAAGGUGUAUGCACUUAAAGUGUCUUCUGGAGCACACAGAAUUCUUCUUAAAUCUGGUGGACAACUUUUGACUUUUUGA